CACUUCCGUUUCCCUUCCCUCCUUCUUUUCGACCACCGCCAUUGUGGGGAAAGGACUGUUGACAAAAUGUCGUCCCACAAGACUUUCAGGAUCAAGCGCUUUCUCGCCAAGAAGCAGAAACAGAACCGGCCCAUCCCUCAGUGGAUCCGAAUGAAGACUGGCAACAAGAUCAGGUACAACUCCAAGAGGAGACACUGGAGGAGGACCAAGCUUGGCCUGUAAACAUGUGGCUCAUUGGCGUUCCUGCACCCCUAGUGUCUUCCGGCUGCUAAGAUCUCCACCUGCUGGGCCCAUACCUGGGGAGGAACGCAUCGGCUAUGUGAAACAGACAUCUUUUUGUACAGAUACUCUGGUUAUGCUUGUGUUCUACAAUAAAAGAUUGUGAUCAAACCGGAAA